AUGCGGCGUGUCAUCGGUAUAGACAGUACACACUUGAAGGGGAAGUAUGGUGGUUGUAUGUUAACGGCGAGCUGUCAAGAUGCUAACUUUCAAAUAUUCCCACUAGCAUUCGGCGUAGUUGAUAGAGAGAACGACACUGCUUGGGAGUGGUUCUUCCGUGGUUUGAGCUCUGCGAUACCAGAUUCGGAAACCCUGACUUUCGUCUCCGAUAGACAUUCUUCAAUUUACACAGGCUUGCGAAGGGUUUACCCUAAGUCACAUCAUGGUGCAUGUACUGUUCACCAACAACGCAACAUCACAUCAAGUUUUAAGAAGAAACUUCUGGCGUUUCACGUCUCAAGGGCGGCGCGAGCAUACCGAAUUUGCGACUUCCAUACAUACUUCAACGAAGUCAUCAAGCUUGAUCCAGCAUGUGGUGCUUACCUUGAAACCAUCGGGUUCAGCCACUGGACACGUGCUUACUUUCUUGGCAACAGAUACAAUGUUAUGAUAAGCAACGUAGCUGAAUCACUUAACUCGGUUCUCAAGGAGGCACGAGAGCUACCGGUAAUCCCACUCGGAGAAUUUAUUCGGACGACCCUUAUAAGCUGGUUCGAGUACCAAGUCCAGUCAAACAGUGGUGGAAAUUACCAUGUUAACCUCGGCAAAUGGUCCUGCACGUGUAGAGCUUUCGACAUGCUAUAUUACCCUUGCCCACAUGCAAUAUCUGCAGCUGUAACAGAAGACAUAACACUGCAGUCCAUCAUGGCGCCUGAGUACUCGGUAGACAACUGGAGGCAAUCCUACAAGGCGUCCAUCAAGCCUGUUCCAGAUGUUUCGAACGCGUAUCCACUGCCAGCCUCGAUUGCUUCUCUCGAUUUGCAGCCCCCAUUCACACGUAGGCCACCGGGGAGACCAAAGAAAAAAAGGAUAGCAUCACGUGGAGAGUUAUGGUAA